GAAAGAGAGAGAAAGAGAUAGAGAGUUGCAAAAGUAGUUGGACAGUUUCCCCUAUCUGAGGAACAUCUUGAAGGUAUGGGCAACAGCAAGAGCAGCGCUUUGUCCAAGGAGAUUCUGGAGGACCUAAAAAUGAACACCAAAUACUCGGAGGCCGAGCUGUCUGCCUGGUACACCACCUUCCUUAAAGAAUGUCCAAGUGGGCGCAUUACCAAGGAGCAGUUUGAAGGCAUCUAUGCCAGCUUCUUUCCCAAUGCCGAUCCCACCGAGUAUGCACGGCAUGUUUUUCGCAGUUUUGACCUCAACGCAGACGGCACGCUGGAUUUUAAGGAAUACAUCAUCGCAUUGCACCUCACCUCCUCUGGCAAAACCAUGCACAAACUCGAGUGGGCUUUUGCUCUGUAUGACGUUGACGGUAAUGGAACCAUCAGCAAGAACGAGGUCCAAGACAUUGUCAAGGCAAUAUUUAAUAUGAUUCCUGUUGAGGAUCAGAAAAACCUUCCAGAGGACGAGAACACACCAGAAAAGCGUGCAGACAAAAUAUGGAACUUUUUCCAAAAGAAAGAAAAUGACAAGAUUGCAGAAGGGGAGUUCAUACAGGGAGUGAUGGACAACAAAGACAUUUUGAGGCUGAUACAGUUUGACGAGCCAAAGAAGAUUCAGGACAAACUGAAGGAGAAGAAGCAGUAACAUCCAAGCCCACUUUCCCAUGAGACUGUUCACAGCACAUUUCCUGUUUACACACCUAACCUCCUAUGCUACCCAGACACUCUUGGACUCUAGAGGACCUUUUGUUUGUCCACAAAGCAGAGUUAUGACGGACCAGAGUGCACGGACAUGACUCAACCACGUUUCUCCCACAAGCCACUCCUAGCCAAUGUAUAGCCAUACACAGCCUGAGCUAAUCAGGCGUUUCUUGAUUUGAAGAUCAGUUUAUUGACCACUGAUGCCUCAUUCAUAUUCACCACCCAUUCGGUUACAGUGGCAAGAAAGUAAGGCAAAGAGCUUCUGAUGAGAGGAAUUAGGCUCAUGUUAACAAUCCCUCUCUAGCGUAAUCAAUCCUCUUAAAAUCUGAAGGUCAGGGUAGGUAAAUCCUCCAGGGCCA